AUGGAUCCCGACUCUUCUAUUGAGGUAGACUAUGAGUCUUCCGACCUUGAGAAUGACUUACCUAGCACCAUUACUAAGGUGACGUACUCGAAUCAAAACGUUUUAGGGCUUGAACAGAUCCUUAAGAGGCCAGAUACCUAUAUCGGAUCAACGGCGAGAACCAGCCAGAAGAUGUGGGUUUUCAACAAAGAAGCUAAAGAAAUGGAAAAGCGGAAAAUUACCUACGUGCCUGGGAUCUACAAGAUCUUUGACGACAUCCUUAUGAAUGCGGUGGAAUGCAAGAAGGCCAAUGAAAAAUUCAGUUACAUCAAGGUCAUGAUUGACAAGGCCACGGGGGAGAUCAGUGUAGAAAGCAACGGCCAAGGCAUUCCCGUUCAAAUCCACACUGAAGGAAUAUAUCUUCCUGAAAUCAUCAUUGGUCGCUUGCAAUCAUGGUCCGACAUGGAUGAUGACGAGCAGAGGACCUACCGCGACAUAAAAUCCUACAGAUUCAUAAUCUGCAAUGUUUUUAGCAGAGAACUCACUAUAGAGAUCCACGAUGAAAAGAACAGCAAGCAGUACAAGCAAACAUGGUCAGGAAAUAUGUCGAAAUCAACGAGGCCUGAAAUCACGAGUGGAACGACCAGCGACAUGACCCGAGUUACAUUUCAACCCGACUUCAGCAGGUUCCACAUGCCCAGCGGGAUCGAUGAUGACCUCGAAUGUCUACUACACCGUAGGGUUUAUGACAUUGCUGGGACAGUCCCUGGAAUUGAGACGUUUCUCAACAAUGAACGCAUCGAUAUUGAUUUUAGGACCUAUUGCGAAAUGCAUGUCAAAGGCAUUGCUUCAAAGCGAAGCGCUCGAGAGGGAUUAUUGAGCCCGUAUAAUAUAAUCCUGGAAGACAGCAAAUCCCACAAGGAGUGGCAAAUUGCUGUCGCUCUUUCAGACGGCUCCUUCCAGCAGGUGUCGUUUGUGAACUCGGUUGCAACAACAGCUGGAGGUACUCACGUCAAAUACAUUACCGAUCAGAUCACUACACAUCUUUUCAAAACCCUGCAAACGGAAGAGAAAACUCACAUAUCUGACCAAUCAAUUAUUAAAAACCAGCUGUUGAUCUUCAUCAACUGCCGGAUCCCCAAUCCAGCUUUUUCCUCCCAUGAUAUGGCAGAAUUAACGACAACUAUCCGCCGUUUGGAAUCCAAAUGUAUCCUCUCAAAUGGAUUUCUAGAUGAGAUUGCUGCGUCUGAAAUUUUAAGGAAUGCCAUGGACUUUGGUAAGGCUAUACAGGGAAAGCCUGCAGGUGCUGAGGUCAGACGAUGGCAUGUCGGCAACUCUAAGCUUGUUGAUGCCCAUCUCGCUGGCACCGAACGGAGCCACGAAUGUUCUUUGAUUCUUGCAGAUGGCGACUCGGUCAACGGACUGGCGAUGUGUGGCCGAGCAUUAUUGGACCCAGAUCGAUUAGGCAUUCUUCCUCUUGCUAGAAACUUGCCGAAUGUACGAAAUCUUUUAAAGAGUCUAAUGUCCAAGAACGAGGAGGUUCAAGCACUCAAAGAAGCUCUUGGACUAGAAAAUCAGAAGUCAUAUUCCGAUACAAGGGGGCUUCGGUAUGGCCAUAUCUGGAUAUGGUCCGAUCGAGACCAAGGCGGGAGCCUUUUUAAAGGUCUAGUAAUCAACUUCUUCCAGGUUGAAUUUCCAUCGAUAUUAGAAAUCCCCAACUUCUUCUACGAUUUCAUCACACCUGUGGUUCAAGCAUGGCAGGGGACGAAUCUAACGAGACCCCACAAGCGUGAGUCGUUUUUCAGCAUUCCACAGUUCGAGGAAUGGAAGGCAGCCCAUACCUCCGAGAUGUCACUCUGGAAUCACAAAUACUUCAACGGACUUGGGGCGAGUUCUAACGAGGAUGCAAUAUCUUAUUUUACCGAUUUGGAUGCGCAUCUCAAGAAGUUUGAAGUUAUGCGCCCAGAUGAGGCUCAGCUUGUUGAAUUAGUGUUCUCCAAAAAGAAGGCGGAUGUGAGAAAGGAAUGGCUAGGAAACUACGCUCCUGGGGGGUAUGUCGACCGAACAAAGAGUUCGAUAAGUUUCGGAGAUUUCAUCAGAAACGAGCUUAUUUUGUCCAUCAUGGAUAGAAAUGUCCGAUCUAUUCCAUCCGUUCUUGAUGGGUUUACACCUAGACAGCGGAAGGUUAUGUUCGCCGCCUUCAAGAAAUGUUUGACAACCGAACAGAGGGUUAUCGACUUGGCAGGCUAUGCCUCUGAGCAAACUGACUAUGAUGAAAAUGAGACUUCCUUGUACGAAACGAUAAUUGGCUUGGCCCAAACGUUUGCUGGCUGGAAUAAUAUCAAUUGCCUUGAGACGUGUGGAAAUUUCGGGUCUCGACUCGCUGGAGGGUCCGACGCCGCGAGUCCUCGAUAUCUUAGCACACGGCUUUCCGCAUGGACUCUGAAAAUAUUCUCUGCCCUAGAUGAGCCUAGCCUGAAGAUGUGUCAUGAAUUAGGAAAAGAAACUGAGCCAGAAGUCUAUGCGCCAGUGAUUCCUAUGAUUCUCGUCAACGGCGCGAACGGGAUUGGAACGGGAUGGAGCACAUCGAUUCCGAAUUACAACCCUGUUGAAAUCGUCCAAAAUCUCAAAAGGCGAAUGGGUCGGCUAGGAGAGGUCGAUGGAGAGGAAGCAGAAUUCCAGCCAAUGCAGCCCUGGUAUCGUUUUUGGAAUGGUUUGAUUAAACCUGCAGGGCCUAACAGAUUCGAAACUAACGGAAUGCUUCGAUGGGAUGGGGGAAGCGAAGUUGUCAUAACGGAACUACCCAUCCGUAUGUGGACGGAUGAUUUCAGAGCCCAGCUGGAAGAAAUGAUCAGUGGCUCAAAUGGCACGCCAAUAAUCAAGUCAUACGAAGAGUUUGGUGAUCACAAAACAGUUCAUUUCAAAAUCCAGCUGCAUGAAACGAAUGCCAUGGAUCUUAACCACCAGGGCCUGCUGGGUCUCUUCAAGCUGAACAAGCAGAUAGGGACCUCAAAUCUCGUUGCCUUCAAUAAAGCCGGCCAGCUACAAAAAUAUCAAACCGUCGAAGAGAUUCUAGAAGAGUACUACAUAUUCCGACUGGAAAUGUAUGCCAAACGCAAGCUGUAUUGGCUAUCAAAGUACAAGAUCAAACACAGAAGGCUUCAAAACCAAACUAGGUUUAUCCGAGAGAUCAUAGGAGGGGAGCUUGUUGUUCAGACUCAAAAUAAGCAAGCUAUCAUUGAUCAACUUCGGGAGCAAAACUACGAGCCGUUUUCGCCAUGCAGAGGUGGAUCCAAACCUCAAAUGAUCGACGAUAACAUGGAGACUUUAAGACAACAAGACCCAAAUGAGAACGCCUUGAAUUUCGAUUAUGUACUCUCUAUGCCCAUUUGGUCUCUCACACAAGAGCGGCUGGACGAGUUGAAUACAAUGAUCGAAGCGAAUAAAGCAGAGCUCGAUGCUCUAGAGGCUCUGAGUGUAAAAGAUAUGUGGUGUCAAGACCUUGAUGAUUUUCUGGUCGAAUGGAAUUCACAGUCGAUAGAAGAUUAA